CACCAUGGCGUCCAUGCGUAUCACGAAAUGUCACUUUUCGGUGAUAAAAUCCAGUCCAGAGGGUCUUUAAUUUUAAGUACAAGUGCUGUGUAAUUACCAUUUCAAGUAAAGAGAAGCAAAGAAGUUCAUCACAGUGAGGAUUUAAAAGCAACAUCAUAGACCAUGUCGGCUUUCAGGAACAAGAUCGCCAACAAGCGAAUGCAGAGUGUGACCUUCUCAUCCUAUGGAAGUCCAGAGCUUCGUCAUCUUAGUGUCAAGGAGGUCACAAAACCAAGUUCAUUUGAUGAGUUAGGUCAUGCAACCAAUGGUGGACUCAAUGAUCCAGUUUUCGGUCCCUCAGAUCGCAAUGAACUCUGCAGUACGUGUUUUCUUAGUGCCUUGCACUGCCCUGGUCACAUGGGCCACAUCAGUUUGCCAUUGCCUGUCUUCAACCCACUGUUCUUCAGACUUGUCUUCCAGCUGUUGAGGGCCUCCUGUCUAAAGUGCCACAGCCUCCAGCCGCCUCGCUGGACCAUGCAACUCAUCAGAUACCAGCUGCAAGCCUUGGAUCAUGGUCUGCUCAGCCUAGCUGACAACAUGGCAGACCUAAUCAAGCAGACGCUGAAUGAGAGCGGAGAUGAUGAAUUUGUCUUGGCUGAUACAGUGGGGACUGUCCUAAAUGAUUGUCUGGCUGCUGCUUUGAAAGAAGAGGGGGACCAGCCACGCCCGCAGGCCAAGAGCCGUCAUGUCCAGGAUCGCCGCCGUCAGCUCAUUCAAGAAUUCCUCAGACACCACCUCCUACCUAGAGGCCGCAGAUGCUACAUCUGCAAGGCCCAGUUGCGAGAAAUGCGCAGUGAACGCAACGUACGUAUCCUGACCAAGACAGGCUACAAGAAGAACAAUCUGCAGAUGAUCUUCAUCUCACCACAGGAGGCUAGAACACACCUGCGCAAGAUCAUGAGGAAAGAAGGAUCCAUUCUUCGAUGUCUCUUUGGCAUGUUGAAUGCCGUGGAGAACGAGGCAGACAAUGAAAACUCCCAAGAUGUAGAAGGAAUCACUGAUGACAUUCUGCACAUCUCGGAGGAGGCAAUGGAUGAGGCUGAGGAAGACAAUGAGAUGAAGGAAGAUGAUAACGAUGAUGAUAUCAAACACUCUGCUGCUGAUCUGUUCUUUCUGGAUCUUCUCCCUGUCAUUCCCUCCAAAUUCAGACCGGUUCGCAUCUUAAAGGACAGAAAAUAUGACAACCCACAAACAGCUAACUUGUCCAAAGUCCUGAAAGACUGUCAAACACUACGGCUGCUGCUAAGAAUUAUGGGUCAGGGGGAGGGGAGCCAGCAAAGGGAAGAGCAGCAACAACAGGGGGAGGAGAGGCAGCAAGGAGAAGAACAACAACAGGGGGAUGAGAGGCAGCAAGGAGAAGAGCAACAACAACAGGGGGAGGAGAGGCAGCAAGGAGAAGAGCAACAACAACAGGGGGAGGAGAGGCAGCAAGGAGAAGAGCAACAACAACAGCUGGAGGAAGAUAGCAAGUUUAGAAUGCAAGAAUUCAUUGACAAGAGGGUAUUAGGAUCAAUUCCAGGCCACACCAAUGCAGAGAAGCUACAGAAUGCCUGGGUGGCAUUGCAGAAUCAUGUCAACGUUGUUGUGGACAGUAACUUGGACAAAUUGUCACGUGACAAGCUGCCGGGAAUCAAACAGUUACUUGAGAAGAAAGAAGGCCUGUUCCGCAAGCACAUGAUGGGCAAACGUGUCAACUACGCGGCACGUUCAGUCAUCUCCCCAGACCCGUACAUCAACACGGAUGAGAUUGGUAUCCCAGAAAUCAUUGCUAAGAAGCUGUCCUAUCCACAGCCUGUCACCGACUGGAAUGUCAGAGAGCUACGAGAGGCAGUCAUGAACGGACCCAACCAGCAUCCAGGGGCCUUACUGAUUGAGAAUGAAGAUGGUAGUCAGAUGAGACUGAGUGCUGGGAAUCCAUCACAACGUGAGGCAGCAGCCAAACAGCUCCUGGUCCCUAAGAACAUCCAUCAUGGCCCUAACUCACAGAAAAAGGUGCACAGACACAUACGUACAGGAGAUAUUGUACUGUUGAAUCGCCAACCUACACUACACAAGCCCAGUAUCAUGGCACAUAAGGUCCGUGUGUUACCUGGUGAGAAAACACUGCGUCUGCACUACUCAGCAUGCAAGACAUACAAUGCUGAUUUUGAUGGAGAUGAAAUGAACGUACACUUUCCCCAGAAUGAGAUUGGCAGAGCUGAAGCACUCACUAUUGCCAAUACCAGCGAGCAGUACCUAGUGCCCAAGGAUGGUACUCCUCUAGGAGGAUUGAUCCAAGAUCACAUGGUAGCUGGUGUCAAGAUGACAGUCAGGGGAAGGUUCUUCAACAGAAUGGACUACCAGCAACUGGUCUUCAAUGCUUUGACAGAUCACCCACGAGAGGUUCGUCUUCUCCCACCGACCAUUAUGAAGCCUGCCCAGUUAUGGUCAGGCAAGCAGGUGAUAUCUACGCUGCUACUCAACGUGAUUCCUGAGGACACACCGGCCAUCAACUUCAAGGGCAAGGCUAAGAUUGGCAGCAAGUCUUGGUCUUGGACCAACCAAGAAGCUCGUACCCCUAUCGGUGGCGGUACACCCCUGACAGGAAUGUCAAUGACAGAGUCGGAGAUUAUUGUGAGGGGUGGGGAGCUGGUAUGUGGGGUUCUGGACAAGGCUAAUUAUGGAAACACCUGCUAUGGGCUAGUGCACUGCUGUUUUGAGUUAUACGGAGGACAAGUCGCUGGUGAACUGUUGAGUUGUCUUGGGCGAUUGUUUACAACAUUCCUGCAGCAAUUCACGGGAUUCACACUUGGCGUUCAUGACAUCCUUGUCACAGAAAAGGGCAAUUCCAAAAGGAGGAAGUUGAUGCGUAAGGCUAGUGGGAUUGGGCCCGAGGUUGUAUCCAGUGCUCUGGAUGUGGAGGACCCCGGCGAUUUGACUGCACUGAAGGACAGAUAUGAAGAAGCGCACAGGAAAUUUGACGACACAGAAUUGCGUGAGAUUGACCUCAAGAUGAAGGGACAAACAGACAGAUUCACUAAUGAGAUCAGCAAUGCUUGCCUGUCUAAAGGACUAGAGAAAGAGUUUCCUGAUAACAAUCUGCAGCUCAUGGUGCUGUCUGGGGCCAAGGGAUCACAGGUCAACUGUAUGCAGAUCUCCUGCCUACUGGGCCAGAUUGAAUUGGAGGGGCGUCGUCCACCUCUCAUGGCCAGUGGGCGGUCUCUGCCAUCCUUCUUACCCUAUGAUCCUUCCCCUAGGGCUGGUGGCUACGUGGAUGGACGGUUCCUGACUGGUAUAAGACCACAGGAGUAUUUCUUCCAUUGUAUGGCCGGCAGAGAGGGUCUGGUAGACACUGCAGUCAAGACAAGCAGAAGUGGAUACCUCCAACGUUGCAUCAUUAAACACUUAGAGGGCCUUGUGGUGAACUAUGACCUCACUGUUCGUGACAGUGAUGGCAGUGUGAUCCAAUUCCGUUAUGGUGAAGAUGGGCUAGACAUUCCUAAGACACCUUUCUUGAAGGAAGACCAGUUCCCAUUCCUGCUAGAUAACAGCGCUGCAUCGCUGGGCAGAAUGUACAAGGCGGAGGACUGUGAUGCAACAUCAGCCCGCAAACUGCAAAAACAGGUUGACAGAUGGGUCAAGAAGAAUGACACCUUUAGGAGAACGGAACGUUGCUCUCCUUUCCUCAACUACUCAACCAAGAAACUGGGCGUGGUCCUUGAAGACAGAGCACAGAGAGGAGAGGGCGGGGACAAGGACAUCACUGUGAGGGAGGAACUUGUCAAUCUGUGGAGGGAAGCAACAAACAAAGCCAAGUAUGCUAAGAACACCAGUCGCUGCCCCGAGCCUGUCCACUGCAAACUCCGGCCAGACAUACAGUUUGGUGCCAUCUCGGAGAAACUCAACGCCAUCAUGGAGGAUUAUCUUAGCAACACAGGGGUGCAACACCUAGAGAAAUGCAGGAGCAGUGAUGAUGAUGAUGAUGAUGUGACACCAGAGGAGGGAUUCCGUCGGUUGUUGUUCUUGAAGUACCGACGGUCACUGUGCCAGCCAGGGGAGGCUGUGGGGCUGCUGGCUGCUCAGUCUAUUGGUGAGCCAUCCACCCAGAUGACCCUGAACACCUUCCAUUUUGCUGGCCGUGGAGAAAUGAACGUCACUCUGGGAAUUCCAAGACUUGUAGAGAUCCUAAUGGUUGCUAGCGCUAACAUCAAGACUCCCAGAAUGGAUGCCCCACUACUUGUCACAUCUCAUGCCAGGAAGCGAGCAGCUAGACUCAAGAAGAGACUGACCCGGGUGGUUCUGGCCCAAGUGAUAGAAGAUAUUCACGUUUAUGAAUCCUACCAGAUAGUCAGUGCCAUGGAGCAGUUCCGACUUUUCAAGAUUCGAUUCAACUUCCUCCCACAUGCUGAAUACAAGGAUGAGUAUUAUGCAGACCCUGCAAGCAUCUUGCAUUACGUGGAGACGCGAUUCCUCAAACGUCUGUCUGAGAGCAUCAAUAAAAAGACCAGAGACCUGAAAAAAAUUCUAUUGGUAAACAAUGCCAAGGCAUCCAAUGAGACUGCAGCUGGAGAUGAUUCAACGAAUCAGGAGGAACCCAUGGAGCCAGUUACUAUGGAGAUAGAGGAAGAUACCAUGUCGGAUGAUGAAGAAGGGGAUGAUAGUAAGGAGGAGCAAGAAUAUGAAGAAGAAGGAGAAGGAGAAGAAGAAAACCAGUCCUCGGAUGAAGAGGAAGGUGAAGAUACAGGUAGCCAUGGUGACGCAGAUGAUGCCGAGGAUGACGAUGAUGCUGAACCGGCUGUCACCCAAGUGGAGGACAGUGCCUUGAGCAAGAAACAGAAGAUGAAGAAAGGGAUUCCUGAAAAAGAGAAGACGGCCAGAAUUAAUGAUGCUUUGCAGAGCAGUCCAUUCCUAGUUUCUUAUGACUUUGAUACGGAUGAGCAAAGGUGGUGUGAGUUUACUCUCAAGCUGGAGCUAGCCUACAGUCAUCUUGAUAUGAUGUCACUACUACACAGCGAGACACAGCAAGCCGUAGUACAUGAAGCAAGGGGAAUCUUGAGAUGUAUUAUUGCUGAUGGAGACAAAGAAGGGGAGAAAGUACUACAGACUAGCGGGGUCAACCUACAGGAGCUGUGUAAACACAACAAGAUAGUAGACAUUCGUCGAUUGUACACCAACAACAUUCAUGCCAUGGCCAAUACCUACGGGAUAGAAGCUGCAUGUAGAGUCAUCAUUAAGGAGAUCCAAGAUGUCUUCAAAGUUUACGGUAUCUACGUCGACCCGCGUCAUCUGUCCCUUGUGGCCGACUACAUGACACUAGAGGGCUCCUACAGACCCUUCAAUCGCAUCGGAUUGGAAGCUAACUCAUCACCGCUGCAGAAGAUGAGCUUUGAGAGUACCAUGCACUUCCUCAAACAGGCAACCACUCAAGGUGUGUGUGACAGACUACAGUCACCGUCAGCUCGCCUGGUAGUCGGCAGAGUGGUUACCGGUGGCACAGGAUGCUUUGAUCUCAUACAGCCAUUGAGGUAGCGAACUUGUUUACUUCCCUGCUUUAUAUUUUAUUAAUUGGAGAUAAAUUGUGAUAACCAUAGAACUUUGAUCUGUUAUAAUCUGUUAUAAUUGGAGCAUUUGAAACAAAUUUACAGGAAUUAAAUGCCUGCUGUAUUUGAACAAUCAACAAGAAAGCAAAUCCCACCAUCUUUUCUAUGUUCUGAACUAAUUGAAAACUUUGAGCACCGCGAUGUGGACUUAAUUCAUACACUUGUUCAAGUUUUUUUCUUUUUUUUAUGAUUGGUUUUUGUUUUGAUGUAAAGGAAAGCAAAAUGGUACAGCUAAUGUUAUCUGAAGAUUUACCCAAAAUUAUCUUGACCUUACAUAAAUAAUAAAUGUUGUGAAAUCUAAAUUUACUGAUAAAAUUUGACAAAGCAGUAUUGUUUGAUAUAUUUAUGUAUACAUGUACAUGUAAGUACACAUGAAAGUUCAUUCAUUUCAGUCGGAACAGAAUCUAGUAACAAAAUUAUAAAUUCUAAUUAAAUGUUUCUGAAUAUCUUUACUUUUUGAACUAAAAAAUAAAGUAACUAUCACCAAACAAAAAUAUAAUUGCUUCACGUGCCUCACUCAUUUAUUCAAUUUUCAAUACAAAAAUCUGCAUUUUUGGUAAAAUGUACACACUGGAAUGUAACAGACUUUGGAAUACAUAAAUAAAGCUGUCUGGUUUUGAAAGAGAA